UUUCCAUUUUAAAUGUCAUUUCAUUGAUUCAAUGUAAAGAAGAACCAGUCUGAUCAAAAGUUACCUCCAUGGUAAAUAUGAAGUUUUUCACCAUUGAAAAUCAAAUAGUAUUUUCCAAAGAAUCCUCCAAAUGCAGUUUAAUGGUCUUUCUUCGAUUUCCUUGUGAGUUCGUGGAUAUAUUGGAACUCAUUGUAAGCUAAUACAAAAAGCUAUGAAAGAUGAAAUAAAGAGGAUAAUCUCAUACAUCAUUAACUUUGUGUUGCUGAGACCUCUCAGUUUCGGAAAUCCCACUAAUGACGGAAUUUCGGACGGAAGUACGUCAUCGACUGUCUCCUUCGCCUGUGGUUUCGCUAUCUUACUUAUCACCAUUGUUUAUUUCACUGUUCAAUUUACGAUGGAAAAUUUUACAAGUAACUCGUUAUGGGGAUUGUUAGUCUUCAUAUUGGUGUCAGGGACAGUUGCUACAGGUCUUCUUCUGACCUUAAUCGUAUUUUGUCAGUCAUAUGACGUCAUUCGUCGACAACAGUUGAAAGACCGAUGUGUCGAACUAGAGAUCAAAUUUUUGUGGUUUUCUGGUUUAGGGGUUCUUUUUCGUGCUGUUAUUACUUUGGCUAUUCAGUGUGAGUGCGUAGUUGUGUCUGUAGGCUUUAGAGAGAUUUCAGAAAUAACAUUGUCGUGUAUGAAGAUAAUUUUCAUGUUAAUCCAAAUGUGUUUCAUUACGUACUUACGAAACUCGCGUCUACUUGGUGGCUUGUUUAUUAACUAUUUAAUCGGGGGUUUGUUUUUAGCAAAUACCAGUACAUGGGCGAAUUAUGUUACUUUCAGAAUAAGUGAUAUCUAUAUUCAUACUAACGGUACAUCUCUCCUACCACUUUCAAAUCAAUCGAUAUAUGAUGAAUGUUUCAAUAAUUCCAAGAUGCACAAAGUCUCUCGUAUAUUGAGCACUUUUUUCCUCAAUGUCAGCAUGCUGUUUCUUUUGUUAUCAUCAAUGUUCCUUAUAAGACUUUGGCCCUUAGUUCGAAACUGGCAACAUAUGAGAAAUAGUUGUAUUAUAAACGCAGGUAUUAAUAUUGUCAGUGGGCAGCCUGAUACAUCUGACCGAGUUAUUCAAAAUCGCAGGACAGUUCGAAUCGUUUCCUUCUUUGUCGGAUUUCUAAUAAAUAGUCCGUUUUUUACAAUGGCUAUUUUAAUGACGACCGUGUACAGUAAUGAUAUAAAAUCAAUUAAAGUUUACUGGGAUUUGUUUGUUAUUCUUGUCUUAGCUGUAAUGAUAGUUAUCGUUCUUGUUGGAAUUCAAAACCUCAAUUUGCAUUGUCUAGAAAAGACCUCUUUUUCCACAUGGGACGUGAUUCUGAUGAUGUGUAUGUCGGGAAAUGUGAUCAUGAACACACUCGGAAUCACUUCAAUCUUCCUGUGUAAUGUAGAUAGAUCAGUCACAAUUUUUACCAAAAACUUGUUAAAUUUAUUCGCGACUUAUUAUCACACUGUGUAUAUAAUAGUUGCUAAACGUACACCCCACUCCGAGUUUUGUAAAUCGAUUUCAAAUCUUUCCAUUCAUGUAAUUCUAUUUUGUUCCGGUCUGGGGCGUUGGUUUUUGGACAUGUUCGUUCUCAAUUCUCAUGGUAAAUACAUUUUAAAGGAAGGUGAAGGCUGUUUAUUUCCUGAUCAUAGAUGUUGGCUUAUGGUGCAAUAUUUUUUAAUACCUUUAAAUGCAUUUUACGAUUUUCAAUCAUUUGUAUUUUAUUACGGUAAAAUAUGGUAACAUGGCUGGGGUUUUUUAAUUACGGUAUGAACAAUCGCCUUAGAACAAAUUUGGUAUAUUUAAUUUUUCCCCUUUUACAUGUUAUGUUGUAAAAUAAAAAGUUCAGGUUUUUCAAGCAUGACGGAUUUUUAAAAAAAUCAUUUUAAUUAAUUUUAUCAAGAAAUUAACUUUGUGAUCAUAAAUGUAACUAUUUUUAUUUAUUUUUGAGAUUUAUAUUAUCAUUGAAUAUUAGCGAUGUAACCGGGUAAAAAGCUCUGGUAAUGAGUAUACCUAAUACUUUAACAUUAAAAAUUUUUAAGUCAGAUUUUUAGUUUAUGUUGAUUUAUUUAUCAUGCAGUCUUUGCUGUGACGAAAAAUAACUAACUUUAAGAAAAAGAU